AUGGCCGAUACGAUCCGAGGAGAUGGCCUGCUUAUGGCUCACGAUGCCUUAGCAGAACUGAUCGAAGAUCCUCAGCGACUUGAUCGUGCAAGAAACCGCUUCAGCAAUUCUCCGCCAACGGGGAAUAUAUGGAAGUGGAAGCACGAAAUACCGCUCAAGAUCGAGUCUGAAUCUGAAUCUGAAUCGGAGACAGACUCGGAAGCCCAAGGGGAUGUACUUCUUUCCCGCUCUGCCCGUACUAUUGGAGGGGUGAAACGGAGGCGGCCGAAAAGCGAUGAGGAAUUGCGAUUGAUUGCGAAUCGGAGGCUUAUGCGAGAGCGCGGACGCGAAGCAUCACGUCCAUUCCAUCAGUUUAUUUACCAGAUAUCGAAAGAACGCGAAAUAAUCCAGAGCAAGUUAGGGCCCGAAGAGUCUAUUUCCUCAGGCUUGACCGACAUCAACACCAAGGCCUAUGAGAAUGUGCAGAGCACUUGGAUAAAAAGAGGCAUUUGGAAUAGGAAAUGGGGAAUACUGCCGGGAAUGUUGUGGAAGCACGAACAACCUCUCGACGAAAUGCUAGUCGAGGAGAUGGGGCCCGAUCCUGCUGGUCAAGCGAACCCGCUAGAGGAUGACGGUCGUAGAGUAGAAGCACGUUCUCCGCCUAGGCAAGUAUUUGAGCCCUUUCCACCGGUCGAAUCGAACUCCAGUUUGGCGUCAGGCUUCCCGGCUGCGUCUCAGCGAGAAAUGCCUGCAGUUCCUAAUCCAGACGGGUUACAGACUAGCAGUGCGAAUCACUCACCCUCGGCACCAAAUUCACAACGCCGCCUUAGAGAGGGCAGACAGGAUGCUCGCUCUGCGACGGGGCAAAGGCCACGGCCAGGCCAGAGAAUGCCGUCCCCGGAGGAUGGAUGGGUUCGGCCAACAGCAGGUACGGUUCUCGGGCUAGUUCAUCCGACGAAGGUAUCAAAAGCACCCAGAAAAGAGCUUGGCCCUCAACGACGAAAGAAUGCCUCCAAAUUACGACCCAAUGCCCCUGUCGUACCUGCUUCCAAGCCUGCUCCUGUACCGCCGCGGAGAAGCAGACGUUUACAAGAAGCAAAAUACAAAGCGUCUACCAAUCCAGCCGUGGUUGCUUCUACAGACUUAGGCAACGGUACGUCCCUACCACGGCCUAAGAAGACCACAAUAAGUCCGAAGUCCUCAAGUUUGGCGAAACCGAGGGGAGUGCCCAACAGACCAGGUACCAGGCAUCCAAGGUCGAAAUGGGAUGGGGCUCUCAGCCUAUAUAAAGGGUAUUGCUUUCCCAAUUUCUCAGGAUUGCAUUUCAUUCUUUCUCAUGCUGGCGUCUCAAUCUAACAAGCGACGUGCUAAAUUUGUAGUCUCUUGAGGAUUUCCUGGUGUAUUACAUACUGCGAGACGGCUAUUUUCCGUCGCCUACAGGCAUCUCUCCGGGUAGUUAUCUCAUUAACUUAUCAGCAGCAGCACGCCCAGCAUGGCCAUCCCCAUUUAUAAUCGAUCUCACGGAUAUAAACAGGACGAGGAUAAUUGCCAAGUACCUGUUGCACUCCAAU